AUGAUUGGACUGGAUCCAGAUACAGAGUAUACCGCAACGUUCGUGGUCCACUACGGCAACGAGUCGAGUGACAGCUUUCAAUACUCCUUUAACACAGCUGAUCUUACUUCCUUUAUAUUUCCACCAGGAUCCGUGAAGGUUGAAGAGAAAUAUGUCGUUGUCAUAGUGAUAGAAUCCUUGGUAGCAUUAGCCAUGUUGAUAGCACUCGUUGUGACGUUGAAAAGACUUAGAUCCAAACGUUCUAACGAAGAAAUGUUCCUUCCGAGUCAUCUGUCUGCGGAGCCCAUCGAGUUACGUAAUAGGAAAAACGGAUAUAGGACUUCAACGACCAUAAAACAGGAGGACAAAAAGACAAACGAAAAAGCUUCUACAGUCAGAUUUGUAUCUGGUUCUUACGAGGAAACGGCGAUGGGGAAACAGGUUGGCGAUGGCGAUGAUGAUGUUUACGAAGACCUCGACGGACACGUCACCAGAGAACCAAUUAGUAACGUCACCGAUGUGGAUUUCCUGGAAAUGAUAUCAGAAGGGACAUUAACAACUGUUUUUAUCGGUACAUGCAGUAUACCUACCAAGGUAGAGUGUGCCAUCAAAGCACCGACAUUAGGAGUGAAUGAACAAGAAAUUCAGGAUUUCGAGGAGGAAGCCAGUGCUCUAUUGAAGUUCCACACCAGCCAUAGCAUAGAUGCCAGUAAUAUUCUACAAUAUUACGGAUUCGUCAAUGAAGGGCAAGAAAACCCGGCUCUGAUUAUGGAGUAUUGCUCCAAUGGCGAACUUGGCGAUUGGCUAGGAAAAUCAGGAGAUCGAGCGAACGUGGACGAUCUGGAACAGAUCAUUUACGAUAUUGCUUGUGGGAUGGAAUAUUUGGCUGCAAGGAAGAUAUUCCAUGGACAUUUGACAUCAUUUAACGUCCUCCUUAACUCAGACCUAGUGCCCAAGAUAAAAGGCAUUGGCGACGGAGCGAUGUCUACGAAAUCUGCGAGAUGGCAGGCUCCGGAAAGACUUGUCGGGAGUAAAACUGAACCAACUGAGGCAGCAGAUGUGUGGUCGUAUGGAGUUAUCAUAUGGGAAAUAUUUUCUCAAGGUAUAAAACCCUACGAAGAAGUUGCAGAAACUGAAGUAGAAGCAGCCAUAAAGGACGGGGCCAAACUAAACCGACCGGAGCUCUGUCCUGAUGCAUAUAACGGCUUCAUAGUAACGUGCAUGCAGCGGGAUCCAGCUAGCCGGCCGACCUUUACUGAUAUAGUGGACGCCUUCAAAUCAACAGAAGGUUCCAGUACACAUCCCGACCACGAGGAUCCGGAAGAUUCUAACAUGCAACCGGAACUCGAGGAUUCGGGAAUUUAUCAAAACGAGGAAACCGCAAAAACAGUCACGUGA